CACACAUCUAUAACUAUAAGUAUCGUCAGUUGAAUUGAAGUGUCUCGGAUGUUCCAACUCUAGAUUAUCCACACAUAUACACAGAGCUAGAACAGAAAGGCAAAAAAGUCAUGGGAGAGUUUAAGCACAUACUUGUAGCGAAAUUCACAGAAGACACUACCCCUCAGGAAAUCGAGAGUCUCAUCAAGGGCUAUGCCAAUCUCGUCUCUCUUGUUCCCACCAUGAAAUCUUUUCACUGGGGCAAGGAUGUGAGCACGGAGAACUUGCACCAAGGUUUCACCCAUGUGUUUGAGUCGACUUUUGAUAGCCCAGAAGGUAUUGCGGAAUAUGUAGCUCAUCCCCACCAUGUGGAGUUUGCAAAUAUUUUCCUCCCUAAACUAGAGAAAGUAAUAGUCAUUGACUACAAACCCACUGCUGUUCAUCCCUGAGCUGAAAGGAGGGCACUGACUAUCCAUUGUCUUUCGACUUCUGUUAAUUUUAUGUGUGUUUUUCAGGAUUUUACUAUAUGUACUUUGUUGAAACUAUUAUGUCGGAACUUGAAUUCGUGUGAACGAGGAAUCUUGUUCUGAAUAAAGUUAUAUAGUCUGGUUAAAAGAGUUUCAGUUACA